CUUCUUUCGACGUCUCUUCUUCAGGAAAGACAAGCAGAAGCAAUGGUCUUUGGCUCUCGCAUCGUGUCCGUGAUCCUUGCGAUCACAUGGCAGCAGGCCUUGGCGUCAGGUCAUCGGGGCGCAGGCCAUGCAGGUUGCUUCGUUCGUCGAGGCAAUCAGAUGUUGGCGGUGAAGUUGACCUAUGACGGUAGAAAGUACGACAUUCCUGGCGGUCAAACCAAUUGGAAAGAACCCGCCUCCAGCACCGCGGUACGAGAGACCUGGGAGGAGUCCGGGUACCGUGUCAAUGCAGGCCGUCACUUGAGAACCGUUCGCGGAGGCUUUCACAUCUACGAGUGCUACCUUCAGGAGGGGAAUCCCGGCAAGGGGCCGGACCACGAGAUCUCCGAGGUGAAGUGGAUGUCCCGAGGCGAGGUUUCGCGCCAGCUGAAUCGAGGCAUGUGGCGCUUUCAGCGGUCGCAGGCAUACCUGUACCUGCGCUGGUUGGGCAACUCGAGAUCAGGAGACAACGCAGGAGCGAACAGCACAAAAGCUGCCGCUGUCGGGAAUGCCACGUCCAUCGAGAAGACGAACACCACCAAGGUGCUGCCUAAGACCGGCGAGAGCGAAAAGGUGUCCGGCCCCCGCAGGCUGUUUCUGCUGGUCUAGGGGGGUCACCCUCCAUUUUUCGGGGAUGCUCCCGCAGUUACAGCCAUCAGGGGUCGGGCACUCAGUUGCCUGGGGAAUGUAAGGCUCCGAUUCUGUGACAGGGCCAGCCUAU